AUGAAUUAUAGACUUGGUCCUCUUGGUUGGCUUACAUUAGGAUUACCAACAAAUUUUACAGGUAAUUAUGGUGUUCUCGAUAUUCUCUUGGCAUUAAAAUGGAUUCAAGAAAAUAUUGUUUCAUUCGGUGGUAAUAAUAAAACUGUUCUCCUAUUUGGUCAAUCAACGGGUGGAUUUCUUGCUCAUAUUAUUAGUACUCUUCCUCAAGCUAAUACUCUUUUCUCAAGUGUUAUCUCAAAAUCAGGUUCUGGAAGAUAUCUCACAACUACUGAACAACAGAUUACAAAUGGUAAUUUUACUUGUUCAAAAUCUUGGUUGUAG